CAUCAAACGUGAGCAGAAGAGAGAGAGCAGUCUGCUAAACUAUUCGUGUUUAUUUUAUUUGCAUUCGACUGGACCUGUCUUUUCUUUGUUUGGUAGAAAUCAUCUAACCUUCUUCCAAAGAAAAAAUGUCUCGAGGAAAGUUUGGGGUAGAUGUUGUUCUGUUCGACAGGAAAAAAGCAGCGCCGCAUUGCCCUCACGGCCCAACAUUGUUAUUUGAAAAAUACGACAAAGAAGGAAAGUACGGCAAACAGUUCUAUGCAUGUUCUGCAUGUAGAGACAGAAAAGACUGCAACUUCUUCCAAUGGGCAGAUGAGAAGAUAACACCAGCCAGGCAAAAUGCCAGGGUUAAGUACAACACCAGCCAGCAGCCCCAGUCCUCACAUAAACUGCUAUACCACAGGUUGAAAAAGUUCAGAAAAUUGAAAGAGGUUGAAAGAAAGUUUUGCAACAUUUGUAACCAGUUGCUGCUACCUGAUGAUCUUUCUCAACAUCAGGGCCAUGAGCUGAUCUUCCCUGUAACCAAUAGCAUGUUGAUCAAGCCUUGUAGUCUACUGCAACCGCUGGAAAACAAAAAGACAAAUGCUCAAUAUUUUUUCUCAGAAAAAACUGUACAGUUUACAGUGAAUUGUUUAAUGAAGCUUGGCUUUGAAAAGGUUUUGUGCAUAGGGGCGCCAAGAAUCCAUGAAGCCAUCCAGAGCAGCUCAAGAAGUCAGAAAAUGGAAACCUUACUACUUGACAUGGACCACAGAUAUGAGCAGUUUUAUCAGCUAGACCAGUUUUGCAGAUACAACAUGUUUAAUCACCACUUCUUCAGGGGUGAUAAAAGUAGAGAGGUUUAUACCCAGUUCAUUGGUUUACCUGGAAAGUUAGUCGUUGUAUCUGAUCCCCCAUUUGGUGGCCGAGUUGAAGUUCUGGCACAUACUUUAGGUUUGAUUACCAAGGAGUGGCAGGAAGUAACUGGAGCCAAGAAAGAGCUUCCUGUGUUGUUGUUUUUUCCAUACUUCCUAGAGCCCAGGAUAUUGGAAUCGCUGCCAUCUUUCACAAUGCUGGACUACAAGGUUGACUAUGAAAAUCAUGAUAAAUUCCACGAAGGACCAACAGGUAGGAAACAUGGUUCGCCAGUUCGGAUUUUCACCAACAUUAACCCUUCAAGAAUACAGUUGCCAAAAGAUGAAGGUUACAGUUUCUGCAAAUUGUGCCAAAGGUAUGUAGGUGAAGAAAAUAAGCACUGUACCAUAUGUAAUAGCUGUACAUCAAAGGAUGGUAGAACAUACAUUCACUGUGAUAUUUGCAUGCGCUGCGUCAAGCCCUCCUACAGUCACUGCAGUUCCUGUGAUAGGUGCCAUCUUCCUGAACACCAGUGUUCACUGUCUUCUAAAGGCUGCCAUUUAUGUGGAGACACUGGUCACAAGAGGAAGGAUUGUCCCAAAAGAUACCAAAUGAAAAAAAGAAAAUUACCAGAGUGUCAAGAACAGGAAGAGACAAAAAAGAAAAUAAAGCUGAAACACACUUCAAAGAAGGUUUCCAUGUGAAAUUAUGUGUCUGUCUGAUAAGAAAAAAAAUGCUGUUUAUUCUGCUGAUUAUAUAUUUUAUUAUCCAUAAUAAAUGUGCGAUGAGUGUUUCGAGUCAAGGCAAUAAUAUUUCAGUACACUGAUUGGCAUUUCAAAGUUCUCUGGCAAUUUCAUCUUGCGUUAUAUCAGUGAACAAAGAUAUACAUCCUUCUAUACUGCUCCCUUUUUACAAUUUCGACAAUGUGUGCCACCACAGGGUUUUUUUAAACUCCCACUUUCACACUUACGUUCUCUUUCAUAACUAACAUCCUUAUCCAUUAUCUCGAAUUUUGAGAUGUCAUCAAGUAGGCAGAGGCUGUCAAAAAGUCGAUUGUAUUUCCUAUGUAGCUAAUUUGUCUUAUGCUGGUGCUUGUAGGUAGCAUAGACCUAUCAAUGUGAAUAAGGUAUUCACAGUAGUGAUCUACAGAUGCAGUCCAUACUACUGUAUUGAGAGAGAAAUAAAUAUCAUUAAAUGACAAUAGAGAAAUUAAAUAAAAAAUAGUUAAA